GCUAAGUUGAUUAUUCGGUUGGAAUGAAAAAAUAUAUAAUUUUUUCGUGAGCCUGGCCGAAGAUUCGUCAAUGCGUCAGUCACGUUCGGGCCGCUGUGGCGUCAACAUCUUCGGACUAGCCAGUCGCCGUCGCGAAGCCGACUUGUGAACAACCUAUAGUACAAACGACUAACGUACAAAUUUUUCCAGCAGUGAGGUGAUCACGUAUUGUUAUUUUCCACAAAACAAGUGACAGUGCCUAACAGUGCGACAGUGACAGCAAUUACCCUCUUUUUUGGAAAUGGAACGUGGUGGCAUCUAACGACUUCUACAUUUAAAAUUUAAAUCUAGUGUUCCACGUAAAUUCGGAUAACGGAUUUUAGAUAAUUGAGCAGUACUGUUCGGUUAGCUAAAAUCUUUCGGAAACGACAACAAAUUGGCAUUUUCAAACUUUUUCCUUCAAAAUUAUUUUAAAUUUCAAAUACAUUUUUCUCCCUGCCUCGGUUUUUCUCUUUACAGAUUUUUUGUGUUUUUCAAAUAUUGAUAAAGAGAAUAAAAUAAAACCAGUAGAUUAAGGGAACAAGUGAAUAACUACAAUAAAUAUAAUAGUGCCUUACGUAGAAUGUUUAUUUAAGACGAAAGGAAGAAAACAAAACAUAACCACGGAGACAAAAUGCCAAAAAAUUUGUUGCUCUUCAAAAAGUUAAUACCUGAAAUAAACUUCGCUAAAAGAAAUCUCACAUCACCGCUCGGCCGGAAUAUAUUUAUCAGUUAAACGCUAAAACUUGGUGCUUAAAAAGUCAACAUAGUUGAAGAAACACUAUAUUGGGAGUGCCAUAGUUUUUUCGAAGAAAAAUUCUCAUGGUGUAACGCAAAAGAAAAACAAAAAAACAGUUGCCUUACCGACAUAGUCGAACAAUAAAAUUUAAAAAAAAAGAAGAAAUUUAAAACAAUCCAUUGGAACACCAAAUCGUACAGUGAUACUAGUGUUAACCGCAAUGCGAAUUCGAUUCGCGCGCACACAAAAUCAUUGGCCGAAAAUAACUUAAAAAAACAAAAAAAGGUUUCAACCUCAGAAGAAAAAAAGGAAGGACGACGGAGAAAAAUUCGAAAAUUGAAUUUGGAAUGAUGAACAGCAACCAGUUCCACGAUUUGUUUGGGUCCCAGUGGCCUCCGGACCAGCACGGAGGUCACUCGUCGGCAUCGACGAUGCUGCACCAGUCCCAGGGCCUGCCCCAGGGUAUGCAGCUGAAGAGAGAACCUCAUACGGAUGUGCAGCCGGUGAUGCACAACCAGAUGGGCAUGGACAUCACGUCAGGAUCUGUGGCGGAUAGUACAUCCCCGCCGCCUGGCAGCAGUGAUGGGAUGUUCGGCUCGUCAAUAUCUGGCAUGUUUAUGGAUAAGAAAGCCGCUAAUUCUAUAAGAGCUCAAAUCGAAAUAAUACCAUGCAAGGUGUGUGGGGACAAAUCAUCUGGAGUCCACUAUGGCGUCAUCACCUGCGAGGGGUGCAAGGGUUUCUUCAGGCGAUCACAGAGCACAGUGGUGAACUACCAGUGUCCACGGAAUAAAGCCUGCGUGGUCGACCGGGUCAACAGAAAUCGUUGUCAGUAUUGCAGAUUGCAGAAAUGCCUCAAACUUGGAAUGAGCCGUGAUGCGGUGAAGUUUGGACGGAUGUCGAAAAAGCAACGUGAGAAGGUGGAAGAUGAGGUGAGAUUCCAUCGCGCACAGAUGAGAGCUCAGACUGACACGGCGCCCGACUCAGUAUACGACGCUCAACAGCAGACGCCGAGCUCAAGCGACCAGUUCCAUGGUCACUACAAUGGCUACCCGGGCUACGGGUCGCCGUUGUCCUCAUAUGGGUACAACAACGCCGGGCCGGCGCUACAGUCCAACAUGGGAGGCAUACAGCCUCAAGCACCACAACAGCAGCCCUAUGACGUGUCGGCUGAUUACGUAGACUCCACCACGGCUUACGAGCCGAAACAGACCGGGGGAUUCUUGGAUCCUGAUUUUAUUAGUCAUGACGAACAACAAAAAGGGACAACAAUAGUCCGACCAUCCGGCUCAACAUCCACCACGACAGCCACCACAUCCACGACAUCCAUGCGACAAACAUCCAUAGAGCUGCCAAGAACGCGAAUACAGGAAUUCGAUCGCUACGAACAGGACAGGAUUCAAUCCCCAGCAUCAAUUUCCAGCGGAGUCAUUAAUAUAAAGCAAGAAAUCAAGCCAGAAACAUCAAUGGGAGUUGAUAACCUCGUAGCCAGUUACGUGGACUCCACAACAUUUUUGCACAGUCCGUCGAACAUCCAACACAGUCCUAUGGACAUUCAGAAUUCUGUGCUGGUCAGUGGGCAGAGUUCAGUGUCCUUGACGAGUGAGGAUUUGAGCCCGGAUGACCUGACUUCGAGUAGUGGUCAUGGAAGGUUGAUGGAUCCCUUGAAUAUGAAUAUGUCUGGGAUGGGAAUGGUAAAUCCUAAUGCUGUGACGAAUAGAAGACACCAAGGAUCCAGUCAUAGUUCCAGUGAUGAUUUGCCUUCUGAGGGUGACAUCAGCAAAGUUCUGGUGAAGAGUUUGGCAGAAGCACACGCAAAUACCAACCCCAAACUGGAGUUCAUUCAUGAGAUGUUCAGAAAGCCACAGGAUGUCUCCAAGCUUCUAUACUAUAGUUCAAUGACGUACGAGGAAAUGUGGCUGGAUUGUGCAGACAAAUUAACUGGGAUGAUUCAGAAUAUUAUCGAGUUCGCUAAACUUAUACCCGGGUUCAUGAAACUGACUCAGGAUGAUCAGAUUUUGCUCUUGAAAUCUGGCUCGUUCGAGCUAGCCAUAGUCCGGCUGUCACGACUGAUAGACGUCAAUCGUGACCAAGUGUUAUACGGUGAUGCGGUGCUGUCCAUCAGAGAGUGUGUGCAUGCACGUGACCCCCGCGACGUGGCGCUAGUGGUUGGUAUCUUCGACGCGGCCAAGACGAUCGCUCGACUCAAACUCACUGAGACUGAACUGGCGCUAUACCAGAGCCUUGUGCUAUUGUGGCCAGAGCGGCACGGCGUCCGUGGCAACCCUGAGAUCCAGUGCCUGUUCAACAUGUCGAUGGCGGCGAUGCGGCACGAGAUCGAGACCAACCACGCCCCCCUCAAGGGAGACGUCACUGUGCUGGACACGCUGCUCGCUAAGAUACCCACCUUCAGAGAACUAUCGCUGAUGCACCUGGAAGCGUUGUGCCGCUUCAAGGCCGCCCACCCGCACCACGUGUUCCCGGCCCUCUACAAGGAGCUGUUCUCACUCGACAGCGUCCUGGACUACACCCACGGCUAAGCCCAGCGUUGGGCAACCAGGUUUCUAUCAGAUUGCGUUAAAACGAUCUCAUUUUUGCCCAACAUAGCUGGACGGUGGCAUUUUGAGACCUUUUCAAAGACUCUUGACAGCUUGACAGCUAUAUUAAAUAUUUUUUUUAUAUAAUUUUUAAUUCCUUGAAGUAAAACUAAACGCAAUUAAAUAGAUUUGUUAAUAUAUUUAUAAUUGUAUGUAUGUACCUUGAGACUGUUAAAAUAUUUACUUAAAAGUAUGUACGUACAAUAAUUAAAAGGAGGUUUAUUUAAUUCGAUUCUAGUUACAUUUAAAUGCGUUUAAUUUUACAUUUAAUCUCAGAAUAUUAUGAUUUUUUUUUCAUUUGUUAUGGAAUUCUCUUAUUAUUAUUUUUCAUAACAUGAAAUAUUAUGUAGCGUUACACACAUUUUUUGUGGAUUAUCUAAUACAGAAUUAGACAUAAUGUAUGUUUGAUUGUGUAUUGUAUACAAAGGAAUAUCGUAAUAUAAUUAUCGUAAAGUGUAUCUAACUCUGAAUGAAGAAAUAAUAAUAAUUAUUAUAUAAAGAUAUAAUAAUAGGAAUAGAGUUUUUAUUAAGAAAUAAAUAAAAAAGUUAUAAAGGUGUAGCAAGUUAAAGAUCACACAGUUUCAAUCGUACGAAACUUAUUUUAAAUAGGACUUUUUUUAUUAAUUUUAACAGUUUUUUAAAGAAUGUAACUUGUUAUUUAUUUCAAAUGAUUAUUAUUAUUAUUGAUGUUUUUUUCGCCUCUGUAGAUUUUCGAUUUAAGUUGUAAUAUAGGAAUACAUGAUACUGCCCAUUUUUUUGUAUUUUUUUCGUUGUUUUUAAAUAAAGAAGUACAUAUAUGUCGAAUAUGUUGAAGCGAUGGAAAAAUGCAAAUCAUAAUUUAAAGUAAUUUUAAGUCGUGCGUUGAACAAAAUUUCCAAUUGUGAAUGAACUUUCUGAAAAGAGAAAUCAAAUUUUCACGGACAAAAAACAUUUUUGUAAUACUUAGCAGGCAAUUUUUAUUCAUUUUUUCAUUUUUUUCGCGUGUAGAGUAAAUUGAUCUCAUUUUUUUUCAUUUCUUUGCUUGGGUGCCAUCUUCGGAAUUACGUCACAUUUUGCAUAAUAAAAUGAAAUAAGAAAAACAUAAAAAACACAAUUUUUGCAUAAUAAAACUGUUGUACUUUACCCUUUAAUACGUAAAUUAUUUUUUUAUUACCGUUUUUUUAUUAUUUUAGCUUGACGCGAUUUUAUACGUAUAUUUUUAAUUUAAUUUAAAUUGCCUGCUACUAAUAAUUAGAAUUAUUAAAAUAACCAUCAAUUUUCUAACAUUACGCUAAGUUUGUCGAAUAGCCUUUACUAUAGACUGGAUUAUAUUAAUGUUAAUAAAAAAGUAUAAAUCUUAACUUGUAUUUUGUAAAUAGUUAUUAAUCGUAUGUAUUUUAUAUUAAAUAUCAUAAGGUUCGAUGGGUUAUCUUUAAUUUUACAUUCUAUUAAAAAAUAUAAUAAAAGAAACAAAUUUUUCAAAAUGACCUCCGAGCGAGCUUGACAGAUCAUGUGAAAAAUGUUGUUUUUUUCCUUUCUAUAUAUUAUAUAUUUUUUGUUAAAUAAAGCAAUCUGUUAUUGUCUA